AUGGGCAUUCUUAAAAUGCAUGAAGUGGGACUCAACAUCCCCCGUAUAAUCUCUGGAUUUGAGACUGUUCUCAUGAGUGAAGAUGUUCCUGAAAAUAUUGGUACAUCCAUCCUAGAAGACUGCUCUAAGAAAUUAUCAGAAUACCAACGUGACACAAUUAAGAAAGCAAGUAGUAUCGAGAGUGUUCUAGGAAAAGCUACCAAGGAAGCUGCCAAGUACAUUGGCAAAAAAUCAAAAUUAGACUUGGAUAAGUACCAGAACAUUCUCAUUCAUCUCACGGGUUUGCUUCACCUCAGAGGAAAGCCAUUGGCGGAGGAAAGAUCAAAGGAGCUUGUGCAAUUACUCAAAGCCACUGGCAUUCGUGAUACAUCCCAGUGGCUGGACUUGCUCUCCGAAGUCAAGUGCGACGGCACGAUGAGCGAAUUACUUGCCAAGGCGAUGGGUCUCACGGGACGCAUAAGAAUAUCUGACAGCCAUUUAGCUGCAUUCAUGCGUGUUCUGAGCCACGCACGUCCGUCACUCUUGGAUCUGGAGAUCAGCGGUGACACCGAGGACACCCCGUGCCUGCGGGAAGUCCUCGUGGGGAUGAUAGACGCGACGUGGAAGGUGGUGCUAAGUCUCCACCACGACUUCCGCCACCCGAGAGCCGGAGGGAGCGUCCUCGAUGAUACUCUUCAGCAAGUUUUCCAAAGCGGACGCCUCCAAGUCACUUCGUUCAAAGGGCAGCUGAGCGGAUCGGCCUUGGCGGCGCUGCCCUCGAGUCUCGAGCGACUAUAUUUCGCCGUGAAGGACGACGACCACUACCGGGAACUUCUUCCCGCCCUCUCUUCUCUCCAAGGGCGGCUGCCACAGCUGUAUUGGCUUGGAAGAUGACGCGGCGGCGGAGGAAGGGGGCAGACGGAGGAGUCGAGUUUUGGUGCCGCUGCUGUGAUGACCUCGCGUGUGCCCUUCUCCAGCCUGAUAUACUUUGUGUUGCCCUGUUAUAUGCUGUAUUGUGCAGUGUGAUGUGCUGGUUUGCCUCCUGUAUUGUGCCUAUAGAAAAGUGUACGG